UUCCCCCAAUACCCGAAACUUGUUUUUGUAUAAUCCUCCAGAUAUUCUUACUUAUACUUUCUUUCUUUUUCUUUGAUUUGGGUAAGAACUAAGAACCAAACCUCUGUUUUCAUGGAGAACCUCAUGGGUCUUCUCAGAAUUCAUGUUCACAGAGGGGUCAACCUUGCUAUUAGAGAUGUCGGAUGCACAAGCAGUGAUCCUUAUAUUGUCAUCAAAAUGGGCAAACAGAAGUUGAAGACUAGAGUAGUGAAUAGAUCUCUAAAUCCUGAAUGGAAUGAAGAUUUAACCCUUUCAAUUUCAGAUCCAAAACUUCCAGUUCAUUUGUUUGUGUAUGACAAAGACACAUUUAGUUUGGAUGACAAAAUGGGUGAUGCUGAGUUUGAGAUUGGCCCUUUCGUCGAAGCUCUACGUAUGCGUCUGGGAAACCUCCCUAGCGGAACCAUAAUUUCGAAAAUACAACCGGACAGGCAAAACUGCUUGGCUGAAGAGAGCCACAUUGUUUGGGAAAAUGGAAAGCUGGUGCAGAACUUGGUUCUGAGACUGAGAAAUGUGGAGAGUGGUGAAGUGGAACUCCAAUUGCAAUGGAUUGAUAUUCCUGGAUCCAGAGGCAUAUAGACUGUCUUCUUCCACCUUGUCAAAUAAUGCCAUAAUCACUUUAAAGCAGAGACUUACAACAAAGUCUUUGCUUCUGUCGGUUUCUUUAGAAGCAUUAUAUAGAAACAGGCUAUAUCUAAUUUACUUGUACUUUGGUAUGCUUUCUUAUUUACCCUCCUUUGUAAUUUAGUAUGUUGUGGUGCUUAUUUUAUAUCCUUGUAGCAUAUCGAAAUUACUUAAUGGUCAAGAAUUAGGCCAUGUAUAAACUUAUUGUAGUUUUCAACAAAUAUGAAAUUAGGCCUUAAAACGAUCAUGUACUGAUUAUUAUUAUUAUUAUUAUUAUUUUGAGUUGAA